AAUGAGGAAGUUCUUGACCUUCUUUGGUCAAAGGCAGUCUUCUGAGGCAUCCACCAGCCAGAGGCCUUGGUUUCAGAACAGGGCUUCUAGUCCCUGCUCCACCACACAUCUCCCAAAGUAUAAAGCUCGCGGAAAGUACCACAAGGCCGCGAGCUUGGGUGAUGUUGCCAAGGUUCAGUUCAGACUCGAGACUUGGAGAAAUGGUGCUAAUGACCGAGACAGGAAAAACAGAACACCUUUGCAUUAUGCCUGUGCACAUGGCCAUCCUGAUGUAGUGACCCUCCUACUACAAUGGAAUUGCGACAUUGAGCUCCGUGACAGUUACAACAGCACAGCGCUAAUUAAGGCUGCACAGUAUGGCCAUGAAGCAUGUUUGACAAUUUUAUUAGAACAUGGUGCCGACCCAAAUGCAAUUGACAACAAUGGGAGUGCAGCUCUGCACUAUGCCGUUUACAGAGAGUGCAUCUCAAUGGUAACGAUCCUUCUGGAAUACAAGGCCGAUACCAGUAUAACGAACAAGGAUGGCGUUUCACCCCUUAUACUGGCUCAACAGGGAAGCAAUGAGAGCCUGAUAAAAUUGUUAGCAGGCAAGGACACAGUAAAAAGGACAGAAGAAGCUGAGGAACCAGAGAGGACACCGGGUGGAUCCAACUCCCACGGUUCCAGUUCACCAAAAGAAUUCAAAGAUAAGGUCACAGAAAAAACUGUGGAGCACAAUGUCAACGAGGUGGAUACGUCAGAAAACCUGAAUCGUGGUGCUGCAACUUCAGUUCUUCAAGCACUUGAUGAAAAGGCUAAAGACCAAGUGGAGAACCAAGUAGAGCAUGGGUCUGUGAUGAAAACUGCAAAAGCAAAGGAUGAGGUCAAAGAAGUAAUUAAUAAGUGUGACCCUAAUAAAUUUGUCCCACAUGAAAGAAAUUCGGAGGACUGUGAGAUGCCCAAGUUUGAUAAGAUCUUGUCACUCAUAGAAGAGCUCAUGAAGCAGAGCAAAGAUUCUAGCAGCCUCAUGAGGAUCUCGAAUGCAGUUCAUUCAUAUGAGAAAUUACUGGAGGAUAAAACACAUGCUUUUGACCAACUUCAAGAAAAAUAUGAAGAUUUAAAAAUUAAUCACAGUGAUACUCAAAAAACGGUGUCAAAAACAGUCAAAGAAAAGUUAAAAGUAGAUACAGAAAACACUAAAUUGAAAGCAGAAAUGCACAAUCUGAGGUACGACAUCCCAAUUUUAAAAUCCUUUAAUUGUUUUCAUUAGAUGAUAAAUAGAAUUUUUGUAGCUUGUCAUUUACUUUUGAAGUGUUCUUCAGGGAAGGAAACUUUCCA